CUUCUUCAUCAUCAGAAUUGAUUGAAUCCAUUACUUGUGAUUGAAUCAAUCAAGCGCGAUUGAUUUUCGUAUCGCGACUCGGUACUUGGUAUCCCUGCGCUGAUCACGACUCCAUCGCGAUUAAGAAACAUCCUCCACUGAAUCGCGGCGACAAGUAAUUCGUCAAAGAGACUACCAAUUUAUCAAAAGUAUUCUCGUCACCAGAAUCGACCAUGGGCGAAGCCGACAAUUACUACAAUCCGAAUCAACAGCCGCCGUACGGCUACUCCAACGGCGGCGGCGGUUACCAACAACAAUACCAACCUCAACCUCCCCCCGCAACGCACCAGCAACAGUACCAACCGCCUCCCCAGCAGCCCUACCAACAAGCUCCCCCUCAGAAUGGCAAUGGUUACAUGCCCGCCCAAGGCUACGGCGGCAACGAGAAGGCCUCGUUCGAAGAGCAGUUCAAUAUCCCCAAGCCAAAGUGGAAUGAUCUCUGGGCUGGUAUCCUCUUUAUUCUCUUCAUGGCCGGCUACGUUGUUGUCUCUGGUAUUGCGCUGCAGGGAUACGCUGCGAAUAAGGGAAAUGCUGGGUCGGGAAUCUACGGUAAUCGGAAUGACUUUUCGCUGAACACUAGUACCGUUAUUUUGUUUAUGUUUGUGCUCGCUGUUGCGUUUGUCCUCUCGUAUGCGUAUGUUUGGAUGGCGAGGUUGUUUCCGAAGCAGUUCAUUUGGGUCACUGGUAUUCUUAAUAUCUGCUGGGCGCUUGGAACUGCUAUCUUUUACCUCUGGCGCAGAUACUGGUCUGCUGGAAUUGUGUUCCUCAUCUUCGGACUUUUCCUGGCCUUUUGUUUCUGGACAUGGAUUUCGCGAAUUCCCUUCUCAGCGCUGAUGCUUCGAACUACUAUCGACGUUAGCAAGAAGUAUGGCCAUGUCUACCUUACCAGUCUGAUUGGAGGCAUUAUCGCCACGGCUAUGUCUGCUUGGUUCUCCAUCACUCUUGUCGCAAUCUACAUCAAGUACCAGCCUGCGAACGAUAACCCCUCUUGCGCCGAUGGCGGCUGCAGUUCAGGCAAGGUCAUCGGUCUUAUCGUCUUCAUCACGUUUGCCAUGUACUGGUUCUCCGAGUGGCUCAAGAACACCAUCCACACCACUAUUGCUGGUGUCUACGGCUCUUGGUACUUCAACCCUCACAACUUCCCCAAGGACGCCACUCGCGCUUCCGCCAAGCGAGCCUUGACAUACAGUUUCGGUUCCAUUGCUCUUGGUAGCUUGCUGGUCGCCAUUAUUCAAUUCGUUCGUCAAAUUUGCACCGCUGCUCGCAACCAGGAGGCCGCUGAUGGCAGUAUGUUGGGAUACGCUCUGUUCUGUUGCAUUGGCUGCCUUCUUGGUAUUUUGGAGUGGGCUGUUGAGUUCAUCAACAAAUAUGCUUUCUGCCACAUUGCGCUCUACGGCAAGGCUUACUUUGCGGCUGCCAAGGAUACAUGGAAGAUGAUCAAGGACCGUGGAAUUGACGCUCUGAUCAACGACUGCCUCAUCGGACCUGUUCUUUCGUUCGGCGGCCUCUUCAUCGCAUACGCUUGCGGUCUCCUGGCCUACCUCUACCUCUACUUCACCGACCCCCCUUACAACAGUGACGGUCAAUACACAGCAGUCGUCAUGGCGUUCUCGUUCCUCAUCGGAUUCCAGAUCGCCAACGUCUUUACGACCCCGAUUUCGAGCGGUGUCGAUACCAUCUUUGUUGCUGCCGGUUGGGAUCCUCAGGUCAUGUGGCGCGACCACCCUGAGCUUUACCAGGAGAUGUGCAGAGUGUAUCCCAAGGUUCAGCAGGUCAUUCGUGACCGAUAAGCUAGUCAUGCAUGUUGAUAUCAUCAUAACUUUGCCCUGAGUAAGCCGAAGCGGACUACUGCUCUGGCUGAAAUGGCGAAUACGUAUGAUGAAUGAUAGCAUAAAUAGCCAAAGCUUAGCCCUGAGGGCUGGGGUGCUCUUACGAUUGACUGAUUGGCUAGCUGCUUGUCUUUGAAUGAUACCAUAGAAGGAUACUGGAGGAUUCAUUGUGUAUUGCGCAUGAUGAAAACUGUCUUUUGUUUCGUGCCACUGUUUUGCACCACGGAGAAUAUUUAAUGCUACGGAAUAAUAAAUAAUUACCCUUUCUUCACCUUGAA